CGAUGAACAACUCUUCGUCGUUCUAACUCCGAUUAAAAUAAAUAAUAAAUAAAUACAAUAAUUUUAUAAUCAGUAUAAAGAGAAUGUGGUAGGCAAACAAAAGGGGUUGGAUGUGAGAUAUUUCUGGAUUUAGUGAAAAUUAUACGCAUGAUAAACGAACCAAAUAUAAGAAGUAAACGAACGGAUUUCAAAUCAUAUCAGAACAAAAGAGUGUGUGGUCAUGUGGUCAUGUGCAACAUAUAUUAUUCAGCGAUUAUAUCGCCAAUCGAGCGUAUCACACAUGAAUUUCAUGUUUCUUUUGUAAUCACUUUGUACUACUUCGGAACCUGUAUUGGAACUUUGGUAUCCAUUCAUUUGCACACGAUUAAUCGUAACAAAAUCGAAUUAGUUCUGAUUGCUACUGGAAUUUCCUUCAUAAUAUGUCUAUUAGUUGAAACGCAGCUAUCCAUCGAAUCAUCAUCAUUUUACGAUUAUUUUCCUUUGCGAAUCGUAUUGGGCGCAUUGAUUGGAUUUAUUUAUUUAUCUUCGGUGAUAAUUGUGCAUUUGCAAAUCAGCCUAUCGCCAUUUACUUGUCUUUUCACAAUAGCAACAAUAAUUUCAAUAACACAAGCAGACGCUUCACCCGAAAUCUGCAGCAUCUCAUUAGUAUUAUUGUAUAGUUUGUUUGCGCUUAAUUUAUCGAGUUCAAACUGUCUGUUCCCAGAACUAAAAAAUGAAACAAAAAAUGUGCAUACGAAUGUUCAAUUUAGCGCAAUGAAUUUGACUGUCAAAAAACCGUUGAUUUAUUUAGCCGGUGCAAAAUUGUUGACAACAUUUUGUUAUUUUUUGCCAUUUGUAAGUAUUGCUUUACAAAUUUUUAUUCAACCAAAUGCAUUGCUGACCGACGUAAACAACAGAUCACAACAUUUGUUUGUUUUGUUACUGUCGCGCUUAGCUCUUGGCACAGUUACAAUUCUGCUAGCUCGUCACAAUGUCAAAUUCAACUAUUUCUCGAUCAUUUACAUUAUGCCUUUAACGACAUUGCUUGCCGCAAUUCUUCUUCUUCCAUUAUUUGAUCUCAGACAUUUGACGAAAUACACAAUCGAAUUUUACAUAAUAAUGACAUUAUACGUUGCAUUCAGCUUAGUUGUGGAUGUUAUUGAUCACCGUGUCGCAUUCAAAAUGGACUUUGAAUUUGGUUUCGUUCCCAGCAACAGGGUGAUAGCACUGACCUUUGCCUCAUUUAUCGAGCAUUUAUUGGAUUUAUUAUUUUCGGUGAUUUAUCUAAAUGAUUGGAUUACCGCAAAAAUGAUUGUUACUUCACUUGCAAUCAUUUCACUAUCGUUAAUCACGCACAACAAGCUCACAUCGAUGAAUACUCCAGAACCAGACGACAAAACCACAACAAACAAAUUAAUUAUAUGAAAUAAUACCAUUAUUCUAUUCAAAUAAGGCUGUGGACUUUGUUGAUAAAUCGAAA